AUGACAUCAUCACCUGUCUGGCGCCGUGCCGACUCGGUCCUCGUCGAUGCCGUCUGCCAGCGGUCGGAGAUGGGCGGAGGAGAGAUCGCACGCUGUGGCGGGCGGAGGCUGACACAGGUUCCUGUCGGCUUGUGGAACUCUACCGUCCGUCUGUUUCUGGAUAGAAAUCUGCUAGUCUCGCUGCCGGCCAACUCCUUCUGUGGUCUGUCUCUGCUGGAGGAGCUCGACCUGUCGCACAACCAGCUCUCCUCUCUGGAAGCCGGCUGUUUCCGUGGUUUGGAGUCCUCUCUCCGCCUCCUGGACCUGUCGUCCAAUCGUCUGUCUUCGUUGGAGCUGGCGGCGCUCGGCGGGCUGCGAGCUCACGCCAACCUCACACUGAACCCCUGGCACUGUGACUGCAGGAUGCAGCUGUCGACGCCUCGGCUGGAUCUGGACUCUUCGUCUCUCUCUGAAGUCGUCUGUCAAACCUCUGACAUCACAAACCGCGGGGCUGCUGGGAUACCUCUGGUCCUGCUCCUGGAGGACUGGGACCUGUGCCGGUCUGUGAGGAGGACCACUGAUGUGGUGGUUCUGGUCACCAUGCUGCUCUGGUUCUCCACCGUUGUGUUCUACAUGCUGUUCUACGUCCGACAGAACCGUAAGGAGGCUCGCAGAGUGGUGGUCCCGAUCUUCACGCUCAGAGACCCUCGCACUGAGACACACAGUCUGUGACGUCCUCCCUCUGAUUCACACGUUCUGUUCAAGAUGUGUUUAGGUUUUAAAUCACGACAUUCGAUUUAUUCGGAUUUUAGAUCAGUGAUUGAUAUGUGACGAUGUGUUUAUGUUAUUUAAUGUUUUUUUCAUUAUUUGUAUUUGUUUUGUGCUCAUUUGCAUUCUGUGUAUUUAUGUAUUUUUUUAUUUAGUUAGUUUGACUUUUUCUUCUGUUUUGGUCAGCACAUGUAUGUUCUGUGUUCAGUGUAUUUAUUUAAUUUAAACAGAUGAGACUUUAUUUCUCCCGCAGCUUCAGAUACGAAGAUAUACCAAUAAAAAAUGAGACGUUAUAUACAUUAUUUAUCCCAGAAAGUAUUUUGUAUUACACAGAAAUAGAACAUUAGUGAAAAUUAGAUUGUUGUAUGUUGUAAUAUGAACAAUAAAUAAAAUCUAAAUAUAUAUAAAAUAAAGUGUGAUUCAGUUUGAUGAGAAAAUAUUUAUGUUAUGUGCUCUGUAUAAUUUAUGUAUGCAUGUAUUAUUUGUUUAUUGUUUUUAUGUACUUUAGUUUGUUUCAGACGUGUUAUUAAAAAGAUUUGUUUUUGUAUUAGAAAUUAAUUUUGAACAUAGAAAGUAAAAGUUGCAGGAAAAGAAACCAAAGCAAAAUUUCAAACAAUGAAAAGCAAAUCACUGAAACACGACAUAUAACGUUUUAUAUUAUAUAAAGUUAUAUAUUGUCAGUGUAAUAACUUAAUUAUUUAUCCCUCACCUUUUGUGUUAAAUUGUUUUUAAUCAUCAUCCCUUUAAAGGCUGUUUGAUUACAUGAGGUCACCGUUGUUUAUAACAAAUAUUUUUAUUUAUACAUGAAUGAUGGGUCAGUGUUGGAUGUUUCAAAGAUUAAAAACAUUGAUUUUGAUGUGUUUUUAGUUUAGGGACAAAAACUGCUAUUAAAAUAUAACAGAUUUAUAUAUUUUCCACUUUUUUUUUCGAUUAAAUCUUUCAAUCAACUGCCGUCCAGAUAAAAAAUAUUUAAUUAUUUUCUU